AUAACAAGAGAUGGAUUUUUUGGGAUUCUAGUCUGCUGCAUUUGGUCAGCUCUGACGAUGAAGAACAAGUUACUCACUGCAACUUCUCCAUGGUUAACUACUCCAACUCCAACCUUACCAUCUCUUGUGUUUACGGGGCUCACACGGUGGUUGAACGAAGGCAACUUUGGGAAAGCUUGCAGGGGAGGAGCAACUUAAAUCACAAUUGGGUGGUGGGAGGUGACUUUAAUGCUAUUUCUUCGCCUUCAGAAUUCAAAGGACAGUGUGAACCAAGCGCACUAGGUAUGGAAGAGUUCAACUCGUGCAUUGAAGCCUGCAAUCUGUUCUGUCCAGACCCUUCCGGUGGUCUCUUCACGUGGUCUGGCACAAGGAGCCGUGGGAAAACAUGGCGUAGGUUGGACAGAGUAUUGGUUAACCUAGCUUUUCAAUCCUUUUUUCCAACCUUUUAUAUUCAUCAUUUACCCAAAGCUUGUAGUGACCACAAAGCUAUCCUUUUUUCUUGCCAUUCAAGCCUAGAUCGUGGUCCUUCUUCCUUCAAAUUCCUGAAUGCCUGGAUACACCACAACCGGUUCCUCCAAGUGGUUAAGGAAUGUUGGACAAAGAGUAGCUCUUGUGGUGGCAUGCGUGGACUUGUGGCCAAACUCAAAGAUCUAAAGGGAUGUCUUAGGGAGUGGAACAAGAAGGAGUUUGGCAAUAUCUUUGAAAAUCUAACUAUGGCAGAGGAGCUUGCAACCCAAACCCAGCAGCACUAUGAGGCAGAUCCAACCGAAGCCAACCGUGCACUAGCCCAGGAGGCCAACGCCAAGCUCCUACUCGCUACUCACAAAGAGGUGGCUUAUUGGAAGCAAAAAGCUAAUGCAAGAUGGCUAGAAUCUGGGGACUCCAACUCCAAGGUCUUUCAUGCCUUUGCAAAUGGGAAAAGGAGGAAGCUUGCAAUCAAUCAUAUUAUUUCGGACGAUGACAGUGACAACACCCUUCUUAGCAGAAUUCCUUCUUUGGACGAAGUUCGGCAGGCAGUUUGGGACCUGGACAACAGUAGCGCUUCGAGACCGGAUGGUUUCAAUGGCCUUUUCUUCCGCUCUUGUUGGGAUAUAAUCAAAGAGGAUAUGCUCAAAGCCUCCCAAGAAUUUUUCUUGGGGCUUCCCAUUCCUAGAGCCUAUGGUAGUACUCUCAUUUCCCUUAUCCCCAAGAAGGAUAGCCCCAAACGCUUCGACGACUACAGGCCCAUCUCCCUUAGUACGUUCAUGAGCAAGGUCAACACCAAAAUUCUCUCCACCAGGCUCAAACCCUUGUUGCCCAAGCUGAUCUCCUCCAAUCAGGCAGCUUUUCAACAAGGUAAAAGCAUGGCUGAUCAUAUCCUUCUAGCUCUCGAAGCAGCUCAUAACCUGGACAGAAAAGUGUUUGGUGGAAACAUGAUCAUUAAGAUUGAUAUCGCCAAAGCCUUCGACACUCUUCGUUGGGAUUAUCUUGAGGCUAUUCUUAAGGAGUUCGGCUUCUCCAGACAAGUCAUUGGUCUUCUCCUGGCCAACCUUAAAUGCACCAUGCUUUCGGUUCUUAUUAACGGGCAGCCAACUGGUUAUUUUCCAAUGUGUAGGGGUGUCAAGCAAGGUGACCCCCUUUCACCUCUUCUCUUUAUUAUUGCAGGGGAAGGUCUCUCAAGAAUGCUCAACAAAAGUUUGGAAGAAGGCCACAUUCAUCCUUUUAAUUUGGGUAGUGUUAAGAUGCCGGGCCAUCUUACCUACGCGGAUGAUAUUAUGAUCUUCACAAAAGGGGAUACUAUCAACCUUCUCAAGCUAAGGAAACUUCUUGGAGAUUACUCCUUGGAUUCGGGGCAGGUAGUCAACUUCACAAAGAGUAACUUUUAUGUCAAAACCACUACCCCCGUCUCUCAACUGGCCAACAUGAGCAAGAGCCUUGCAAUGGAAGCAGGUUCUCUUCCCUUUCGUUACCUUGGUGCAACCAUCUGCAAGGGUAUACUUAGGAAGCCGCACUGUGAUCAUCUUGUUGCACACUUCGACAAGCACCUACUCUCAUGGUAUAGCAAGACUCUUAACCCUAUGGGAAGGCUUAUUCUAAUAAAACACGUUCUGUCAUCAAUCCCCUUACAUAUCCUGGCGGUUCACACCAUCCCGGCGUCGAUCAUCAACUUUCUUCAUGCACGGAUGGCUAACUUCUUUUGGGGAUCAAGGAAUGGCGCUAGGCUACACCAUUGGAAAAGCUGGACGUCUCUUUGCCAACCAAGUUCUUCUGGUGGUUUGGGCAUUAAUGACUUGCGGAAGAUGCAGGUUCUCCAUUCAAUAAACCUUUGGUGGAGGGUUAACCAUGAUAACGGUGUAUGGGCUUCUCCCAUGAGGGACAUUUAUAUGAAGAAAGGCGACAUUAAGGAGAAGCUUACGGACUCCCCAACGUGGAAGAGGAUCUGUAGGGUACAUGCCCUGGCCCUUAGUCAUUACAGCGGAAGUCCCAACCCUCCUCUCUGGCACGGGAAACCCUUCUCCCCUAAGAAUGUGCUUAUCUCCAUUGGUGAUGGACUACCUUCCAGGCUCUCUUGCAAAUAUAUUUGGCACUCGGCUCAAACCCCCAAGCUCAGAAUCUUUCAAUGGAAAGCGUUCAUGGGCUGUCUUCCCUUUCCAGACCUUGCUGCAAGGUUCUCGGACAGUCUCCCCAGUAGGUGCCCCCUGUGCAAAUCCAGUGAAGAAACCUUGGAUCAUACGCUAGCCUCCUGUUCCAUCAGCUUGAACGGUAUCCUCAGAUUAGUCCUGCCGGGAGUCAUCUCGUGGCAUCUCUGGAAAGCAAGGAAUCAAGCCAUUUACGAUGGAACAACCACGACUAAAGAAACGAUCAUUCAAAGGGUUUAUAAUUAUGAUAGAGUUCCAAGAAACCACAAGUUUAGAUUGUCCUUGAAUAAAGACGUUGCGACUCUGCGGCGUGAUUUCCAGGAUCUAAUUGGAAAGCUGCGAAUGGUGUGUGGAAGUCAAGGUCAUGUGUAUAAGGGGAUUCCUGAAGCAAACUUUAAAGAAGGAAUUCCGUUAGUUGAAGUGGAGGUUGUGUAUGAAAAACAAAGCUGUAAGGUCCUGAUUUUGAAGCACAAUGUGUAUAUUAUUGGUUACUCUUGGAUGGGAAAGUGGAAUAUAUUCAAUGAUAUAAAGUUUAAACUUGCUGGAGUUUCAAAGCUUAAGGAAAAGAGCGGCUACACGUCAGGAUUGCCGUCUACGCUCGGUGUGGCUGCCUUGGUAGAUGUGGUGAAGAAGAUGAAUAGCAACAAAUCUCUUGAGAGAAAAUUUGGAUGUGAGAUAUUAUUUGUUCAUCUUUGUGAGUCUGUCCGAUUUGAACCAAUUCGGCAGAAAAUUAUUGAGGGAAUAAAAAAAGUCAGCGAGGAUGGUUCUGAAGAAGAGAAUGAAGUUUUUGAUGGGUUUGACAGUGCUGAAGAAGAGAAUGAAGUUUUUGAGUGGGUUGAUGAAGCUGCUAAGUUUCCAGAUGUUACAAGGCAUGCUCUUCAAAAGGCAAACCUCAAUUUUCAUGGUAGUGUUGAAGGAUUUGAAGAAAUGGAUAGCAUGGCCCACCAAUGGGAUGCCCUUUCAGAAAUAUGGGCAAAACAUUGUGCUACUGGAUCGUUAGAUCCUUUCAACACGAAGGAUGUGCGUAGCAUUUUGAAAAAAUGCGGGAUUUCAAGUAUCCGAAGUAUAAAGUAUGUUUUAGCACUGAUGAGCUCCCAAAAUCUUGAAGAAUUGAAGGAUUCUUAUGUCCCAACAGCAAAAUCAAGUGUAGUGGAACGAGCUUGUUUUGAAAGAGUUUCGAAAUUCUUUCCUACUGAUGUUGGAAAUAUUGCCUCCUCUUCUAAGGCCCCUGCUGUUAAAUCACUUCCUCCCACUGUCAAAAGCCAAGCUCCCUCACAGUUUAAGUCUACUACUCAAUUGGAUGGUAAGACUAAUGUUGUGUUACCUAAGCUCAGUUAUGCUCAAACUGUUGCACCUCACUCCGCUCCUGUUCCCGCUUUGGGUAAUAUGACUGCAAAACUCCCAGACAGAAAUGUGAUAAUGCACAGAGACACUCCUGCCAUCAGGGAUAUUGUUUUGAAACUUGAUAUGGCUAAGGCUUAUGACAGAGUUUCUUGGGCCUUUCUCAACAAAAUCCAGAGACAAAUGGGUUUUUGUGAACAAUGGAUUGACAUGGUGUUCAGAAUGGUCUCCAACAUAUGGUAUACUAUUCUUGUCAAUGGCGAAAGGGAAGGUUUCUUCACCUCCUCUAGGGGAUUGAGGCAGGGUGAUCCUUUAUCUCCAGGAAGAAGGAACUCUAUCCUCAAAAUUGUGGAGGAUCUGCAUCUCUAUGAGCAUAUUUCGGGCCAAUUGACCAUGGUGGAUGCUUGCAGUGCCAAGUUGUGGUGGAAUUUUAGAACCGCUGUCACCUUAUGGACUCAAUUCAUGAAAGCCAAAUAUUGUCAAAGAGUUCACCCUGUUGCUAAGGUGUGGCAACAUGGUGAGUCCCACAUAUGGAAGAGGAUGGUCUUCAUUCGAAACCUUAUUGAACCUUACAUAUUUUGGAAGAUAUAUGAUGGAUCCUUGAGCUUCUGGUGGGAUAACUGGACAGGUCUUGGAGCUUUAGCUCGUAUUACCAACCAGGAGAAUGGGAGAUUUCUUCUUGCUCCUUUCAAAGAGUAUGUGGUGAAUAAUACUUUAAACUUUGGUCGACUACAAAACCUCAUGGAUCCAGGUUUCUUUUUCCACUUUAAUGUGGAUCUGUCAGGGUUGGGGACUAACAAAUCUGAUAAAGCCAUUUGGAAGCCUAGGUCUAAUGGCCUCUUUACACUCAAGGCUGCUAAACAUUUCUUGGGGUGCAAUGACUUUGAGGAACUGGUGCAGCUUCUUAACCUUGCUGUUCCUCUAAUUGCUAUGAACAACUUCAGUAUUAUAAACAAACUGCCUCCUUCGUGGAAAGAAUGCAAACGCGAGUUAAAGCAUAACAAGGAGGAAAUGAAUCUGGUGCAACUUGGAACCCAUCCUCGGAUUGAGGAGUCCAUCCGAGAUCAAGAGGGAAAGAAGGUGAAGGACAUAGCCGGUCCAUUGUCCAUCAACAUGGUCGAAGACGAAGGUUUCACCAAAGUAAAGAAUAAGUCUAAGGGUAAAAAGCGCAAGUCCGGAAAUACACCCAAACAUGCAAAUAAAAAGGCUAAAAUGGGUUGUUGGAAGUGUGGGAAACCAGGCCACUUCAAGCAGGAUUGUCGGAUUGGCAAGCGGGACAAGGAUACAAGUAAGAAUGGUUCAGGUCAAGGAACCAAGGACCAAAACAAAUCAGAAGGAAACAAACUUGAUGGAAAACUUGCUUGGAAGUCUACCUCUUGGACAGCUGCUAUAAAUGCACUUCAGGUGAAGCUAAAUGUUAAAGUUGAUAAGCAUAACAUUCAAGCUCGUUUGAAAACCUGGGAGAAACACUACGAUAUCUUACAUCCAUUGUUGAUAUCAUGCAAUUCUGGCUCUCCAAUCACUUGGGAUUACACAGCAGUUCUUGGAGCUUCUUUUAUUGAACAACUGAAUCAAGGAAACAAACUUGAUGGAAAACUUGCUUGGAAGUCUACCUCUUGGACAGCUGCUAUAAAUGCACUUCAGGUGAAGCUAAAUGUUAAAGUUGAUAAGCAUAACAUUCAAGCUCGUUUGAAAACCUGGGAGAAACACUACGAUAUCUUACAUCCAUUGUUGAUAUCAUGCAAUUCUGGCUCUCCAAUCACUUGGGAUUACACAGCAGGUAGAAUUAUGGUUCAUGAUGAAAAUGUGUGGAAUGAACGGUUAAAGGCGAAUUCAAAAAUUGCACCUUACAGGAAAAGAAUUGUGAUAGACAAUUGGGAUGAUAUUUGUAUUCUUUUCUCUCAAGAUCGUGCGGAUGGGCAAGGUUCAAGAACAAUUCAAGAAAACAUUGAUGAGAUUGAGGUUGAUUCUGCUACUAUCCCAGAUUCACUUGACAAGUGUGAUGAAGUUGAUGCUAUAAGUGAGUUGUUGGCUCGAAAAAAAAGAAAGGAGACAACAUCUUCCUCAUGUUCUCUAGGACCUAAGAAGAAAACUUCAUCAACGACAAUCAUAUCUGAUUGUAUGCAGCGAAUGGCGACUGAUUUCAGUGACUAUUUGGCGGUGGAAAGGAAAAAGUCCGAGCUUCUUUUGGCUGAAAAGGAGUUAAUGCUGGCAGAGAAAAAAAAAUUAAUCCCCAAGAUAUUUUGGCUGAGUUGAAGGCUAUUGAACUUGAUGACAUGCAGAUGAUCAAGGCUGUGGAUUUGAUGAUGCAUGAUCACAUAUUAUUCAAUACAUUUGUGGGAAUGCCAACAGAGUUGAAAUACAAGUGGUUGAAAGUGCAACUUGAUAAAUGAAGAUUGUGAAGAAUA